GGGUUAGGGUUUCAUGUGAACAUCAGAAGUGUGAUUGAAAGUUGGAAUUGGGAUUUUGGUUGAUUCCGAAGGCUCUCUUUACGAAUUCGGUGGAUUUUCGGUUGGCGUAGCAGCACAAAAGCAUCUGUUUUUUUGUUCUGGAAAAUUUUGAUGGAAGAGAAACCCACUAAUGUUUUGUCUCUUCCCCAGACAACUCAAGAGCUUGCAAUGGAGGGCAUCAAGCAUCUUGAGGAAACGAUAGAAUCCGCAUUCCAGAUCCUAUACUCCAUGAAUGACGAGCUCUGCAAUCCCACAUUAUGGUCCACCACUUCUUCAACAGCAACGACGACUACUUCUGGUUUAACAAUUGCCAGCCCAAAUGCUCCAUCUUCGCAUUCCACUAAUGGAGUUGUAAACGGCGAUGCAAGUUCGGAAAGCACAAACCAUCACACCGACACCAGCAGUGGCGGAGGCAGCGGUAGUGGGGGAGCCCUUGAGGAGGCCCGUGUUCGCUACAAGAAUUCAGUACUUGCACUUCGUGCUAUUCUUGCUGCAAUUCCCAAUUCUCAGAAGGCAAAAGCACAUGAAUCGGGUACAAGCGGUCAUGCAUCGCCUGCAGACCAAUCUGAAAUUGAUAAGUUGGAACAACACCUCUCUAAUCUCAGAAAGGAACUUAUGGUUAAGAACUUGCAUAUAAAGCUUCUGAUAGAUCAACUACGAGAACUUGUUGCUGAUGUAUCUACAUGGCAAAGUCCUUGUUCUGUAUGAAAAACACGACUAGCCUUGAGUCUCCUCACUAAUCUAGGUGUCGUAAUUUGAAAAUGUCUUGCGCUGUUUCUUUAUAAGAUGAGCUGUUAUUAGAACGUUUCU